GCUCUGUGUUCAUUUCUGUCAAGCGAACCUUGGUAUCGGAAAGUUAUCUCGCUGUUUUCGGGAAAAAACUAUUAGACGCUAACAGUGUUCGUUCAGUUAUUUGAGGUCGUGUCUACUUUUAGUGCAAUUUAGCCAUGUCGGAAGAGGCAGAUACGCCGCCCUUUAGCACAGUGGAUAUCAACAAUGAUAACAGGGAUGACGAAGAUCUUUUCGCGUCUGCGGUCCAGGAGGUCAGCCUGGACCCAGAGGUGAAUGGAGCUCGCGAGGGUCUGGAGAAGGUCAGCAUCAGUGAUGCCCCAUCCAUUACUGCAUCUCUCAGCAGCCCCAUCAUGGAAGAGAUAGCGACAGAACGCGCGAACAACAUAAUAAUCACAGUGACGGAACCUCAGAAGAUAGGCGAGGGUAUGAGCUCUUACGUCGCGUACAGGGUGCUCACUAAGACCAAUAUGCCUAUCUUCAGUAAGCACGACUUCGCAGUCCUGAGGCGGUUCAGCGACUUCUUAGGGUUACAUGAGAAGCUGACGGAAAAGUAUUUAAGGUCCGGCAGGAUAAUACCGCCUGCGCCCGAGAAGAGUAUAGUAGGCACCACAAAACUAAAGAUGACUUCAACACCAUCGACUGAGAGUGCAAAUGGCAGUUCAGCGGCUGGCAGCGUGCAGUCGGUGUUCGUGGAGCGGCGGCGUGCAGCGCUCGAGCGCUUCCUCAACAGGGUGGCGCAGCACCCCGUGCUGUGCAUCGACCCCGACUUCAGGGAGUUCCUCGAGUCAGAGGCCGAUCUGCCAAAAGCGACGAGCACAUCGGCGCUGUCCGGCGCGGGAGUGCUGCGUCUGUUCAACAAGGUCGGCGAGACUGUCAACAAGAUCACCUACAGGAUGGACGAGUCUGACCCCUGGUUCGAAGAGCGGUCAACCCGCAUCGAGGCACUAGAAGCAUGUCUGAGGCGCAUGUACGGCGCAUGCGAGGCGCUGGCGGGCGAGCGGCGCGAGCUCAGCGCCCGCACACACGACGCCGCCCGCGCCUGCGCCGCGCUGUCCGGCGCCGACCCGCACGCGCCGCUCUCCCGCGCACUGUCGCACACUGCCGACCUGCAUGAGAAGAUUGAACACUUACGGCUAGAGCAGUCGAACACAGACUUCUAUGUGCUGGCCGAACACGUAAAGGACUACCUCGGUCUCAUCGGAGCCAUCAAAGAUGUCUUCCACGAGAGGGUCAAGGUGUUCCAAAACUGGCAGCACGCUCAGAUGCAGCUGACGAAGCGGAGAGAGAACAAAGCCAAGGCGGAGCUCGCCAACCGCCCAGAGAAGAUUGAACAGGCUGCUAAUGAGAUUAUUGAGUGGGAAGCGAAAGUGGAGCGUGGUCAGCAGGAGUUCGACACAAUAUCGCGCGUCAUCAAGAAGGAGUUAGAGCGCUGGGACGAGCUGCGCCUCGCCGAGCUACGCGCCGCGCUGCUGCGGUACCUAGAGGAGCACAUGAAUCAUCAGGCACAGGCAAUCCGCUACUGGGACGCAUUCCUCCCCGAAGCGCGAGCGAUCAAAUGAGUGGCGGAGUGACGGCGUCCCGAGCGCCCUCUGCACCAACACUAACGUUAGUAAAUGAAUUGCAUUACCUUCCACAUUACCGGGUGGAUAAAGACCCCUUUUCUAAUCAAAGCUGUAGAUUCUACUGUAAAAUACGAUAAUUUUUAUGUCAAAACUACGCCUGGGAAGUUAUAAGUUUCGAUAAUAUUGAAUGUUAAAAGUAUUUUUGUUUUGAACACCAUGUAUAAUGUCAAACUUACUCAGCUGCUAUACGGUCGCUGAACGCACAUAAACCAAGCAUACUUGCACUAGACAAUACAUAAAAAACGUGCAAAGAAAUAAAUAGCAUUUCCUAGCAAAAAACUACUUAUUUACAUGUGUAGUAUGUAAAAUUUACAGCUUUUGAAGGGGUCUUUAUCCACCCUGUAUAAUCAUUCCCAGUGUAAAAACCGGUGCGAAUUAAAUAGAGUGCUUGUAAAUAAGCUGAAGCGAACUAGGAAUAUGUAAAUUAUGAAUAACAUAAUAAACUAGGCUUUAUAAAACGCCCGUUAAGGUAUACUAAAAAUAUUCAAUAAAUUAAUUUUAUUAUGAGCACUCUGUUUAAAAGCUAAAAGAUAUACUUCCAUGUAAAAAAAAACUCAUUAUGAAAUAAAUGAGAAAUAUAGCAGCUUUGCAAUAGUUAAAUAAAAUCACCAAUAUUCAAGUUUGUCACUCGCCAAUUUAUGGUGGAUUUUUCCACAAUAUGCUCAGUGGUUUUCGAGAUGAAACGCACAGACAGACGUAGUCUGACCCUGUAUUGUAUUUAAAUUCAAACUUCAUUGUCGCUAUGGUUUACGAUCAUGGAGUACAAGAUGACUAGCGGAGAUGUCAUAACGCAAAAUCUCCUAAGAAAGUAGCGGGCCAAAAUGCACCUUUACCAAUCUUUAGGCACUGCUCAUUAUUUUCAAAAUAAAAUCACCAAUGAAUCAGGACCAAUCUUUGACAGAUUGGUUUUGAUUUGACAAGGAACCCGAACGCCUCGUUAGUUCUAGUAACUGAUCACGUCUACCGUACGUUGCUUGACCUACAAGAAGGCGCCUGACCUACCUUCCUUAUGGCAUCUCCGCUAUCUUUCAUUCCUCCGUGGUUACGAUUUUUUAUUAUAUAAAAUGCGUAAAUAGUUUACUUGCAGCUACACCCAAGCCAAUAAAAUACACUUUAUUUAUAAGAUAUAAAUAUUCAGAAUUGUCACAGGGGUUUGCUAGAGCUUCAGAGAUUUUAAAUACUUACAUUUCGGUUUAUUUUUUUAUUUUCAUAGAUCUAUAUCGUAAUUAUUAUAAAUAUCUUUCUUAUGUAUAGUUUAUAUUAAAUCUUAAAUGUGUAAUUGAUUUUAGAUUAAAAUUGUAUUCUAUAAAGUGUUAUAAUUUCACAACAAUAAUAUUCAUAGAUAUCGAUAAAGUCGAUGUAAAUGAAACUAAAACUAGUGUAAAUCGUAAUACGACAUCUAGUAGAUAGAUAAGUAAUUUCUGAUUAAAGUAAGCGGAAUUUUAAUGCCAAAUAUAAAAAAAAUACAUUCCAAAUUAUAUUUCUAUAGUUUAAAAUAAACAAUAAUGCGCAAGUUUUUCAUUUUGUAAUCAAUAUGGCAUUUUUAAUUCAUUUACUAACGUUAUUGUGUAAAUUAAAAUUUAAAAAGAUGAGAUUUGAAAAUAUAAUGUGUUCGUAUAAUCUGAACCGUAUAAUAAAUAUUAUAGUAAACAAAUGUAAGACUUAUUUUCACUGCAUUAAAGUUCAUUUUGCAUUGCACGCUUCAGUCUGCGCUAGACACAGUUUUAUAAGCCCAAAAACGUUCGUUAUCGUUUUGAUCUCUACGUUUUUAUACUGUCAUGGAUACAUUUACUUAUUCAUUGAAAAUUGAAGCCUGACUGAGAUUUAAUCUGUAUGAGGGAGUGUCAGACUCUUACUGACUAAAAACCGUCGUGUUCCGUCGUAGGCCUUUUAUGUACUAGGGCCGCGGCAACUCUUUCGAAGAAUCCCGCAGCUCUGGCAGGCUAUCCAGUGGCCUUCCAUUGCUUUGUGACAGUGAUUAAUAGUAUCGACAAUAACCUAUUAGAUUUCCUUUCACAAAUUAGAUCAGGGUAAACUCGAUGUUAAUACUUAAUACCUUAUCUUCUUAGAAAUCAGUGAAAAGAUUAGGUUUUCUGUUAAUUUAUUUUCCUUAUUUUGCUAUGUUUAAAGUCUCGAUUAAGAGCUGUUUUUCUUAGAAGAGAAUAGAUAAACGAUUUUUUUCGGUUGACAAUUGUAAUCCAUGACUAUCAUAUACUUAUUAUGCCAGUUUCAUAGCAUAGUAAAUUAGAAAAUAAAUCAAAUAUAUCCUAAACAUUCUACAAAACUUUUGAAAAUAAUUUGCAUUUACACUUUUCAUCAAAGUCAGGCUUCAAUUAAUCAAAAGAAAUAUAUAAAACAAUAUAAUAUAGUAUGUUUAUACAAUGUGCCCUGUAUCGGAAACAAAAUGAUCUGUUUUGUCGACAUUACCUAUAAGGAAACAUUUAUUUGUGUACUAAAUUAUGUAUUAAGAUAACGCUACUAUUUCUUACAAUGAAGAUAUAAUCAGUGUUAAAUAUAGAACUAUGAAUUCGGGUUAGAGUUCGACUAGAAGGCGAUCAACAACAUAGUUGGGUAAAGGCUAGGCAGAUGAUGAUUAUGGAUUCGGGUUGUUCCUUAUUUUCUGAAGCGUAUCUACUGUUUAACCCUAUGUCACAUUGUAUUCGGCAUUUUAACUACCUCUUAUUUAAUUUGGUAUUACAACAGAUUAUAAAUGUUAAUAGGUGGAGAGCCAAUAAAAAAAAAUUGAGAAUAUGUGUAAUGUUGCAAUUCUUUUUUUUUUUCUUCUUUAAGUAGGGGUUGACUUUCAGUAACACCAUGCAUGCUAUGUGACUUAGCUUUUACCCUGUUAUCUUAGUUCUAUUUUAGAAGUAAACGGGCAGACCAAUUUUCAACUUUAUGCAGUAAGAAAUAAGAUUGAGAUUGCUCUAAAAUGCGCGUUAUAUUUUCAUUGUAAGAUCUCGCUCAUUGCUUCGUCAUUAUAGUUUCGCGUAAAAUAAUUCUUAUUAAGAAUUUGUUAUCACCAUUGUAUAUUUUUAUAUAGUCAUUUGUUUUUUUUUUAAUCUUAAAUGUAAGAAUACUAGAUAUUGCAUAUUAGAAUUGUAUUCGAAAAGAAUGGUUACGCGAAUGUUACAGUCAAAGUAUUAAAUUGAUGUAUUUUUAAUGUUGUAAUUUUUCAUUUUAUGGGUUUGACACCUUUUAAUGGAGGUGUGAUGGAUAGUUAUUUAUUUUGUUGGUGUUUUCUCGCUCUUACUCUACACAAUACGUAAAACUAACUUACUUAUGCCUCCUUAAAGGUGUCUAUCCAUUCAUAAUACCUACUUAAAAAUAAUUGUUGAUAAUACUACUUAGUAGAAAUUUCCAAAAAUGUUUUGUUAGAAUCUACCCUGUAUGUUGUAGCUAUACUAAAGUUUUAUAUGUUCAUCGUAUAAAUUUCCAACUGUCCAAAUUAAUUACUCUGGCCGUAACACAAUAUUUACCUUAGAUAUGAAUAUUAGGUAGUAUGAUUGAAAAAAAAAUCGAGUCUAAUGUAUUCCUUAUUUUUUAUAUUGCCAAAUAUAUUUUAGUGGUAAUUUGGUGUAAUGGAAGAGAUGAAUAAUUAUGAAUAAAGUAUAUAAUGUUGGUUUCCAUUUCA